AUGUGUUGGCUGUGGGAGCGAUCAGUGGCAAUAUUACUGGCGGCCGGCGUGAUCGCCAACCCGCUCCGCCCGCGCCGGAUCCCCUGGCCGGAGCCGGUUCCGGCAUCUUCCAUCGGGCCCAUUGACUGGUCUUCAAUACCGCCUUCUCCCUACAAACACGCCUUGCGGCAGACCAACACCACCACGACCAGCAGCAGUAGCAGCAGCAGCAGCAGCAAAUAUGACAAUCAAGUCUACUCGGUACAGGUCUCGGGAUCUUCCUCCUCCCCGCCAGCAUCCGUCGACUGGCGCAACCGCGACGGCCAGAACUACAUCACGACACCGCAGGACCAGGGCGCCUGUAACAGCUGCUGGGCGUUCGCCGUGGCGGCGCUGAUCGAGUCCAUGAUGCGCAUCGAGCACGGGGUCUGGGGCAAGCGCAGCGAGGCCGACGUGCACGACGGGGUGGGCGCGGCGUGCGAGAGCGUGGGCAACGCCGAGGACACGCUGGCCUGGGUGGCCGGGCAGGGGCCCGAAUUCGUCGCCGACCCGACCCGGCCCGCCCCGGGCAUCGCCGACUGGGCCUGCGACCCCUACGAGGCGACGGCGCACGCCUACGAGCACUGCGACGACCGCUCCGGGCGCACGACGCACAUUCCCUACUACCAGGCCCUCGGCCUGGUCGAGGACCAGAAGCGGUGGCUGGACGAGUACGGGCCCAUCAUCGCCACCUUUGUCCUCUACGACGACUUUGGCUCGUGGAAGCCGACCGCGGCCGGCGGAAGCGGCGGUGACGUGUACCGGUGGGACGGCGUUUCCGGCUCGGACGGCAACCACCUCGCCAUCGUGAUCGGCUACGACGACGAGAAGCAGGCCUGGCUUAUGAAGAACUCAUGGGGAUCCGGAUGGGGGGACGAGGGAUUUGUCUACUUUGCGUACGGCGAGGCCAACAUCGACAACUGGACCAAGUAUGGGCUCGUCAAUGUCAACCCGGACCCGUGGACACGCAGGAAGCACCAGAGCGGAAGCAUGAUGCAAUCCGGCAACGGCGAGACGCACCGAAACUUUGAGCUGCUCGUCAGCGAGGCCGGGGGUUCCGGCUUCACGCACGUCUCCCGCGAUGGGAACAGUACCCAAUGGAGCAAGGUGCUGGAGGUCUCGGGCAGCGGCAGCGGCAGCGGCCUCGUGGGCCAGCCUGCCAUUCUCGGCACCUCCUUCAACCGGGACUUCCACGCGGUGAGCCUGGAUGAGAACCAGGUGGUCCAACAGUGGGCAUACAGACAGUCGGAGAUGCGCUGGUCCCGGGUCUCGGCCAUCGAGGGCACUAAGAUCGACGGCUUUCCCGGUCUCGCCCAGAGCGACGGCUCAACUCUGGUCAUGGUGGUCAAGCACGCCGACGGCACCCUGAACGAGUGGCAACAAGCACCCAACAGCACAACCUGGACCCUGGCCAACUCACCCAUCGCAAGCGGCAUCGCCCAGAGCGGGCCGGCGCUCGUGCAGUCCAACGCCGGACUCAACCUCUACGACCGGCAGCAGGGCGCCUCGCGGGGCAACAUCUACACCGUCGCGGUCCGCGAGGACGGCAAGCUGCAGCUCUUCUGGCGCCCCGGCGCGGACGCGGCCGGGUGGUCGGCCGGGGAGGUGUUCGGCGGCUCCGGCGUCGUGGACCCCGGCUCGCCGCCCGUCAUGAUUCAGGACUACUCGGGGACGGCCAACGAGACGAGCGUCGGCCGGUUCCAGCUGGCCGUCGCCGUCGGGGGGAGCGUCCAACACUGGGAGCGGGCCAACGACGACCUCGAGGCCGGGCAGGCCCCGCCCGCGGGGGCAGAAGGGGGGUCCCCGGCGGGCAGGUGGGAACUGGUCGAGACGGCGGGCACCGGGGUGAAGCGCGUCUGGGCGCUGCUCCAGGGGAGCUUUGGUGGGAGGCUGCACAUGAUCACGGAGGGCACGGACGGCCGGCUGUCGUACUGGGAGCGCGAUGAGAAGUGGGUUGAGGUCGAGAAGCUGCCGGCGUUGAGCGACGCCGCUUGGACGAGAUCGGGCCCGGUGAGUGGUGGUUGA